GGCUUGACGAAGACGACCUCUAACAAUACGUGUGAUCGAUUAGCAAUCGUCGAAUAUCUAACGAAACGUUCAUUCCAUGUUAAACAUGCUUGCAAGACACACACAGGUUGUGUAUUUAUUAGUAUUAAGCUAUGUUACCUUACAAGAGGCGUUUCAAAUCAAACAAAUACCUGGAACAUUAGAGCUGUGUCAAAGAAAAACAGAUACUCAAGUAUCGAGAACUUUCAACUUAUUAACGAGUUUGUUGUGGAACACAUUUGACACAUUCGACGAUGAGUGGAUUCGCAAACCAGAGCAAGAUAGCAAGCUGGCUAUUACAUUCUAUCAUAAAUUAAAUUUGUCCCCGUUCUUGACGUAUAUUUUAAAGGACAAAGCAUGGAAUAUUGAAGUUCGGAAGGGAAUCUGGAUGAAACUUAUACUAUCAGCUGUACAGAUCAACGAGCACACAGGUGCAAGAAACAUAAAUGCAUUUAAGAUACAUUGGCAGUACAGGUCAUCUAAACGGAAGACGAAUGACUGGGAUGAAUCUUGUAUUUUAACUUUCGAUGACAACUAUGGUGGAAUUCACCCAAAAAAUGCAUCACUCUCGAGGGAUGACUUCAUUCGUCAAUGGCACAAAAUUAUGACUACCCUCAACCAUAUUAACACCCAGUCUUCUAAAAUCGACAAACACGCUUUAAACACGCUUUUGAACAAAUAUUCGUCGAAGAUAAUCAAGAGGAAAACGGAAGAUGACGUGGUAAACAUGCAUUCUUCGUUGGAUUUGCAAGACCCUAGCAAGAUCGGAUUUUCAUGGGAAGAUUACAUAAAAACUCAAAUUAAAUUAGUAAGGAAUCUAUUAAGUUCAAAUUAUGGCAAUUUGACGUCCUUAGUCAAUAACUAUACAUCAAGCACUUUCAGGCGCGAUAAAUCGAUAGUCACGGUAUUUUAUAACACUAUCUCCUUUAUAGAUAAAUUCAUGAAAAAAAAUGUCUUUCUAUUUAAGUACGGCCUAGAGUAUUUUCUAGAGAUACUAGAUCUAAAGCUCACUCUUCUAGAGACCCUUUUUGAACAAGACGAAGACCAAGUAGAGCCAAGAUUUCAACAAAAAUAAAAAAAAGACACGACGAGACUAAGCAACAAGACAAAAAUAAAAAAUAAGACAAGAUAAAAAACAAGACAAAAAUAACAAACAAGAAUAUGACAAGUAGAGUUAUAACCAUGUAGAAGUAUAGAAAAAUAUAUAUAUAUAUAAAUGUGUGUAUAUACGCAUAGAGUGUUGUACAUUGUUAGAAAUUAAUUUAAUCGAUUGUUAUGUAUUAUUAGAAAUUUAUUUUACACAAUUGACAGCUGCGCCACUCGUGGAUGUAAGUGAUGACUUUUCCAUUUUUUUCAUUUACGAAACAAAGUCGAGCGCGACCAAGUCGAAGAUUUCUAUUCUGUAGAAAUCAGCGGAGAUUGUUGAAAUUUGACACCACUUAUUCUUUCUUAUGUAAAAUGAAGCGAAAUAUAAUUGUGUCACGAUAAAA